CCAUCUACAUCCUACAUCAAAAUAAACAAAAUCAGAAAUCAGCUGAGGUUUGUUUUCUAAAAAAAAUCGAAUCAUUAAAUUGAUAUUGAUAUUAAUAUUAAAUAAGUCUACUGUGGUACUAAGAGUUUAAUAAAUAAUUAAUAAUGACAAGACAUGCAAGAAACUGUACAGCUGGUGCUGUUUACACUUAUCACGAAAAGAAAAAAGACGCAGCAGCAUCAGGUUAUGGUACCAAUAGCCACAGAAUUGGUAAAGAUUCAGUAAAAGGUUUUGAUUGUUGCUGUUUGACACUGCAACCAUGUAGGAAUCCUGUCAUAACGCCAGAUGGUUAUUUAUUUGAUAAGGAAGCUAUUUUGGAGUACAUCUUGACAAAAAAACGAGAGUACGCUAGAAAAGUUAAGGAAUACGAAGCUCAGAAGCGCAAAGAAGAAGAGCAAAAUAAGGAAGAGACAGUUAAUGAUGAGUUAAAAAAGUUGGAGAAUUUUUUAAAAUGCGAAAAAAGUAUAGUUUCUGUUGAUAAAACGAAAAAUACAGAGGCAUCGAUAUCCAACAUGGCCAAUGGUCGUGAUAAAAUGUUGCCUAGUUUCUGGAUCCCUUCGAAAACUCCGGAGGCGAAAGCUGCUGCGUUAAAAAAACCUGAUAAAAAUAUUUACUGUCCUGUCAGUGGAAAUGUUUUGAAGCUGAAGAAUCUCAUUCCUGUUAAAUUUACGGAAGUCAAGGAUCCUGAUGAUAAGAAAUCUUUGAUUGUUAAAGAAGCCAGGUACAUGUGUCCUAUUACUCAUGAUAUUCUGGGCAAUAGUGUACCCUGUGCUGUUCUCAAAACGACUGGAGACGUCGUGACAAUGGAAUGCGUGGAAAAACUUUUAAAAAAAGAUUGGAUUAACCCUCUAGAUAAUUCAAAAAUAUCUGAAGCAGACAUUAUUCCUCUGCAAAGGGGUGGAACAGGAUACGCUGCAGUCAAUGACAAUCUAGAAGGAAAACACGAAAGACCAGUCUUGCAAGCGUGAUUCAAUCUAUUACAUUCACUAUUUAAAUAUGCAGUAACAUAAUUUAUGUCAACAAUAAAAUAUAAAUUAAAUCUUA